GAAGAGAGAGAGAGAGAGAGAGACAUCCCUGAUGCACACCAACAAACAGGAGGGACACACAAAAGGAGAGCAGGGAGGGAAGAAAAAAAAUGGUCACAUUUCUCAAGCACCUGAAAACGUGCUGGUUAUUUUCGGACGCGUGUUGCUUAUUGAUGAGUGUGGGAGUGUUUAAACUACUUCCACUGUGAUCAUGUUUUCACGGUGACUGUACAUGGCAAGCAGCUGAACGCGUUGGGACCACUGUAAUUCAGAGAACACCCUUUUACACAGAGAUCCAUCUGACAUCACUGUGUACAGACAGACAGUCGAGCUUCCCCGUGCGUCUGUUCACCUCGGGAGAACAUCGGGAUCAAUAAGAGACCUGAUCUGAAUUGCUUUUAAAUAGUUUCUUUAUUACUUUUAUUAUUAUUUCCUCUUCUUUUUGGGGGCUGGCCGGGUUUUCUCAGGAACCCCAAUGCCCUGUGCACGCUGCUUUUGGUCUGAGCUUUGGGAUACACUCUACAUGCCCUGGCAGUUCAUGACUCUUUCACCUGUAUCAACAAAACUCCUCGGUGACAAGAAGCGGCAGUCAGUUCAGCAGUAAACGCCUACUGUAAUACGGAACAAACGAACAACACCGAUCGACUGGGAAACAUGGAAAACAGUCCUGGUGGUGGUGUUAUCUUGUACGCUGGCUCGUCUGGAAGUGCCAGUCCGAGUCCUGGCAGCCCGUCAAGUGGAUACCAGACCCAGUCGCCCUCCUCCCACUCACAGCCUUCAUCCCCGGAGGGUGUCUCCUUUCAGGAGAUCGGAGCCCUGAAGCAAAGAGGGGAGCCAGGGGGAGGAACACCUUCCCCGAAAAUGGUCUUUCAGUUUCCCGAAGUUAACAGUGCUCCAGCUGCGCAAAUUACGACGGUGUCAUCACCGACCUACAACCAUCCCACCGUUGCCAAAAGGCCUUGUGGCUUCACUGGCACGUUCACCAAAACCGGAGGUAUGGUGCUUCUGUGUAAGGUGUGUGGGGACAUCGCAUCUGGGUUCCAUUAUGGCGUGCAUGCCUGCGAGGGCUGCAAGGGUUUCUUCAGGCGCAGCAUUCAGCAGAAUAUCCACUACAAGAUGUGUGUGAAGAAUGAAAACUGUCUCAUCAUGCGCAUGAACCGUAACCGGUGCCAGCACUGUCGCUUCAAGAAGUGUCUCUCCGUGGGCAUGUCCAGAGAUGCUGUGCGUUUUGGGCGUAUUCCCAAGCGGGAGAAGCAGAGGCUUUUGGAUGAGAUGCAGAGCUACAUGAACAGUCUCAAUGAAUCGGCUUCCAUGGAAAUGGAGGUGUCACCUCCUCCCGACGCGCCGUGCAGUCCACAGAACCAGACGAGUGAAGGAGCCGGCUCCAUAAUGCAGUCUUACCACGGUAAUGAGAAACCACUCAAGAUGGCUGCUGGCAACAGCAACCUUGGCGCUUCCUCUUUCCAGAACAGCGCGGCGCAGGAGCCUGCCCUGUUGCACGCGACUGCCCAGACGCAGCACGCAGUUCAGGUGGAGCAGGCGAACCUGACAGCUAACUACCACGUCCCCCCAAACUUCCCCGUCCCACCUACCGGCAGCGAAGGCACCACCAACGCAAACGUCGACAACGCCAAGUACACGUUCUCCUCCAAUCAGAACCAGUGUCCUGUCAGCGGUAACAUGUUGUCUCAGGGCUACGCAGCCAAUCAAAACAGUUUCCCAGCCAGAGAGUCCUCAAACCAAAACCAGUGUCCCUGGAAGCUGAACGGAGGAGCCAAGGUUCUGGCAUGCCCACUCAAUUCAUGUCCUGUGGCUCCGGCCAGUCGCUCCAGUCAGGAGGUGUGGGAGUCUUUCUCCCAGUGCUUCACCCCUGCUGUUAAAGAAGUGGUGGAGUUUGCAAAGAGCAUCCCAGGCUUCCAGACUCUCAGCCAGCAUGAUCAGGUCAUGCUGCUCAAAUCUGGUACUUUCCAGGUUCUUAUGGUGAGGUUCUGCUCACUGUUUGACCCCAAAGAGAGGACGGUGACCUUCCUCAAUGGACAGACAUACUCACUGGCAUCCUUGAGAGCCCUUGGUAUGGGCUCAUUAUUGGAUUCCAUGUUUGAUUUCAGUGAGAAGCUAGGAUCUUUGGGUCUGGAACCAGAUGAGAUGGCACUUUUUAUGGCUGUCGUGCUCGUAUCUGCUGAUCGCUCUGGUAUAGUGGAGGUUGGCGCAGUAGAGCAAUUGCAGGAGAAUCUAAUAAAAGCUCUGCGUUCACUCAUCACCAGUCGCCGCCCGGACGACAGCACGCUCUUCCCAAAGUUGCUGCUUCGUCUGCCGGACCUGCGCACCCUGAAUAACCAACACUCUGACAAGCUUUUAGCUUUCCGCAUAGACCCUUGAGUUCAGACAGCUUAAUGGGGUAACUGCCUUUGGGAACCGCCUUACUCCAUAUGCAGGCCUGGGUGGCUACUUUCCCUACACUGGCCGCUGCAUGAUGGACGGCAAUUUUGACAGAUCUCCCAGGUCUGAUGUUCCAAGAGAGCCGGGGAAAUAUGAGCAAAGAACGCAGGCAGAGCAGAAGGUGGUGGAAGCUGAUGAACAUAAACCGAUCUGUGCUCCAGUUGCUUCCAAUUGGACUGCUAGAAAACUGUUAAAACUGUAGAGUUCUUCCUUGAGUUUUUCAAGACAAAAUCAAACCACCGUCGCUUCUCCCUCUUGGAGUUUGUUUUUGAUGUAAAGACCAAAAAAAGAAGGGCGAGCCCGUUGAUCCUCACCAGACCUUUGUUUUGUUAUCUCACAAAGCUAACGGAAAGGAAGCACAUACUUUUUUGCCCAGAAGAAAAAAAAAAGGACAGACAUUCACCAAUAAUGAUCUCUUACUGUAAAUUCCUGCCACAAAUGUAAAGGCACUUUUCAUACAUUGAGAAACCUCUGAAAUCAAUAAAUAUAUAUAUAUAUAUAUAUAUAUAUAUAUAUAUAUAUA